GCGGAAGUAAGCUUCUCGUGACAUCACAUGAUCAAUAGUUCACAAAAUGGCCGUGAACAUCAAAAUACAGGGUGCAACGAACGGUUUGAACGCCGGUGCGGCGUUGAUGGAGCACAAAUUAGCGAUUACUCGCGACUACAUCUCACAGCCGCGUCUCACAUACAAAACAGUGUCUGGUGUCAAUGGUCCACUGGUCAUUUUGGAUGAUGUCAAGUUUCCUAAGUUUUCCGAAAUUGUGAACCUUACAUUGGCUGAUGGCACAAUUAGAAGUGGACAGGUGCUUGAAGUCAGCGGGUCAAAGGCUGUCGUACAGGUGUUUGAAGGGACAGCAGGUAUUGAUGCCAAGCACACCACAUGUGAGUUCACCGGAGACAUUCUUAGAGUGCCUGUGUCGGAGGACAUGUUGGGACGUGUGUUCAAUGGAUCUGGGAAAGGCAUUGACAAGGGACCACCAGUUCUAGCAGAGGAUUAUCUUGAUAUCCAAGGUCAGCCAAUCAACCCGUGGUCUCGUAUCUACCCAGAGGAGAUGGUGCAGACAGGUAUCUCCGCCAUCGACACCAUGAACAGUAUCGCCAGAGGACAAAAAAUUCCCAUCUUCUCUGCAGCUGGUCUCCCACAUAAUGAAAUUGCUGCCCAGAUCUGCAGACAGGGUGGUCUUGUUAAGCUGCCAGGAAAGAGUGUCAUGGAUGACCAUGAGGACAACUUUGCCAUCGUGUUUGCUGCUAUGGGCGCUAACAUGGAGACUGCUAGAUUCUUCAAACAGGACUUUGAGGAGAAUGGCUCUAUGGAAAACGUGUGUCUCUUCCUGAACCUGGCCAACGACCCGACUAUUGAGCGUAUCAUUACUCCCCGUAUUGCGCUCACCACGGCGGAAUUCUUGGCCUACCAGUGUGAGAAGCACGUGCUCGUUAUCCUGACAGACAUGAGCUCCUAUGCUGAAGCUUUGAGAGAGGUGUCCGCUGCUAGAGAAGAAGUGCCCGGACGUCGUGGUUUCCCUGGUUACAUGUACACUGACUUGGCCACCAUUUACGAGCGUGCUGGCAGAGUAGAGGGCAGGAACGGCUCAAUUACCCAGAUUCCCAUUCUAACUAUGCCAAACGAUGACAUCACCCAUCCUAUCCCUGAUUUGACUGGUUACAUCACUGAGGGACAGAUCUAUGUGGACCGACAGCUACACAACAGACAGAUCUACCCACCAAUCAAUGUAUUGCCAUCCCUGUCCCGAUUAAUGAAAUCUGCUAUCGGAGAGGGCAUGACGCGAGAAGAUCACGCAGAUGUCUCAAACCAACUGUAUGCAUGCUACGCCAUUGGUAAGGAUGUGCAGGCCAUGAAGGCCGUAGUCGGUGAAGAGGCUCUUACACCAGAGGAUUUAUUGUACCUGGAAUUCUUAGGAAAGUUCGAGAAAAACUUCAUAUCACAAGGCCAUUAUGAGAACCGAACAAUCUUUGAAUCUCUGGACAUUGGAUGGCAGUUGCUGCGUAUCUUCCCCAAGGAGAUGUUGAAAAGAAUUCCAGCAGGGACGCUCACCAAAUAUUACCCAAGAGACGCACAAAAGGGGGCUGGCACAUCGCAACAGAAGUCGGCAGAGCACAGCACACAGUUAUAAUAGAGACAAACAUCAGCAAUAUCUAGGAAAUCUUGUUGUUAAUAGGACUUAAUAUAUAUAUGCAUCCUUGAGUUGAUGCUUUGGGAUUUUCAUCAGACGUGACCAAUUCAAAAAUCAUAUUAUACAAUUGGAGAAUAAUUAGUAAUUGUAGUUCUGUGAUGUAUCGUGAAAGACACAGUUUAACCAGAUGUAAUUUUUUUUUUUAGCAUUAAUACUGAAAAUUAAAGACAAUUUGUAAUAAGUCACCAUGUUGGUAUCAUGGAUGCUUUAACUUAGAUGUAAGUUCAGUAUUUUCUGUAAAGGGAAUCAUUUUCAAACAUUUGUGUAACAAGUGUGUCCUAAGAGCAUGGUUUAUUGCUUGGGCCAGAGUAACAUUCCAUUCUCUAAAUACAUUGCAGUUAUCAACUGACACGGUAUUUAUUUCUUUGCUGAUAAAACUUGGGGUACAAAUCACAAACUCCAUGUUCUGUAGGAGGUCAAGUUGUACUUUAUAUUUCAUUAGGAAUAAUGUGAACUAUAAAGCUUCACAAUUUGCAAGGCAUAUUCCAUUUAAACUUUAAACCUACUUCAGGAAGGCAAAAUAAAGAAAUUCUAUAGGUUCCUGUUCGUUUUUUGGUGGCCGGUCCAGUUUUAUGGGCCUUCCUGGGGUUGGUAAAGUAUUAAGAAAAUAGCCCUAUGCAAUGUGCUUAACAUUGACUUGGUUCAUCAACAAUCAGUGUGAUUUGCACAUCAAAAUUUGUGAAUGUCUCAAGUAUAUUAAGCUAAUCCAACCUUUAUUAAAUGGGUAUUCUUGCAACAACAUAUUAUAGAUAUACUCUCGGCUUGAAAUUGACAUCAGAAAAAAAGUUCAAAAAAUUGUUACUGGGUAUUAUACGCAGGCAUUUUUUUGCAUCAAAAUCUGAGGGAAAAAAGUGCGUCUAAUACCCAGUCAUUUACGGUAUAUACUUUAUGAUUUGCUCAUUGCAUUUUUAAUGAGGCCAUAACUUACAUACUACACAUUCAGUGUUAAAGAAAUUCAGUUCCAUGACAACCGUCAUAGACAAUACAAAUGUUCCCCUGUAUUCUGCAUUGUAAAUACCCAGAGCUAGUCAGAUGUUGUGUGUACUUGCUAGUGGACAGCAGUGUCUUUCCUUGUCAUUAUUAGUACAUGUAGUUCGGGAAUGACAUGCAAGCAAAAAUAUAUUUAUAUGCAGAAGAAAAUGAACUGAAAAGAACUAUCUACCAAUGUGCUUAUAAAAUCCUUAUUACACACUGUUCCUCAGAGAGGAGUUGCUCUUAAAUAUUGAAACCUUUAUUGAUCACGUGAUCACUAUGACCAUUGAUUGUUCUAAAAGUAGUUCCAUGUCUGGGGAGGACAUGUCAGUAUGUUUCAUAUCAUAUCGUACAUGUGCUAUGAUGUGUAUGUCUGUAUUUUACAGAGUAUCAAUGUUUAAACAUGUAUAAAUAUGUAAACCAGGAGUGUUGUUCUUUCAAAGGGUACAUUUAUAUUAUUUAUGUGAUGUGGGGGGGGGGGGACAUUUCUACCCUUUCUUUCAUUUGUGCAUGAUUUAAAUAAAAACGUUGUUUUAACAAAGAUCUGCCAUGAAGUAUUCUGGUGCCAUAAUUACCACCAUUUGAAAUGUAUAUUCUAUUCAAUAUAAAAUCAAGUUUUAAAAUAUUAUAUAAUGUAUAAGCGUAUGACUUAACUAUCUUAAUAAUAAUGAUUUCAUUCUACAUGCAAAAUGUCUGAAGGAUAGGGCUAUGUAUUUAAGUAGUUUCAGAUAUUUCCUUUAGUAUUGUACUUUAAUCAGAUGUACAGCUUGUUUGAUUUUUUUGUGUUCUCUCUGUGGAGAACUAUGGAGAACUACGAGUAUAGUUAUGUAAUAAAGAUUGUUCAUUUA